CCACUGAGGGGAAACCAUGGCGGGACCAGAACGAGACCCCUGAGAGGAAACCAUGGCGGGACCAGAACGAGACCCCUGAGAGGGAACCAUGGCGGGACCCGGAGGGAGACCACUGAGGGUAAUGGAAACCAUGGCGGGACCCCUCAUGGGGACAGGGACUCCAGGGUGCUGCUCCAACAGAAGCCGAAUUCCCCAUUUCCCUUCCCCGGUUCAUGGCGUGGGAUCCAUCCCGGCUCUCCCACCCUCCCUCACUCCCUCAAGCCGCCGGCGCUAGGACCCAGCCCCGGCCACCGCAGCGCGCAGGGGUGGCCAAUCCUCGUCCGGUCGCCUUCCCCUUCCAUUUCCGCUCUUGAGCCCGGCUACAUUCCCGGGAUCGAUUCCUGGGAAAACAUCGGGAUCCAUGGAGGAGCCAUUCCCAGAGGAGCAGGACGAGGAGGAGGAUGAGGAAUGGCCGCGGGGGGGCAGAGUGAUCGUGCACAUCGACCUGGAUUGUUUCUAUGCUCAAGUGGAAAUGCUCCGUAAUCCCCAGUUAAGAUCCAAGCCUUUAGGAACUCAACAAAAAAACAUCGUUGUCACAUGCAAUUAUGAAGCCAGGAAAUUUGGGAUUGGGAAGCUGAUGUCGGUCAAGGAAGCCAAAGAAAAAUGCCCAGAGCUCAUCCUGGUCAACGGAGAAGAUUUAACUCCCUACAGGGAAAUGUCUUAUAAAGUCACAGAACUCCUGGGGGAAUUUUGUCCACUGGUGGAAAGACUCGGCUUCGAUGAGAAUUUCUUGGACAUCACAGAAUUGGUGGAGAAAAAAUUCCAGGAAUUGGAGCCAAAUUCCCAAAUCCCCAUUUUUGGCCAUGUCUACAAGGAGGAAGCUGUGAAUUUCCAAGAUCCUGUCCACAUCCGACUCGCCCUGGGCUCCGGAAUCGCUUGGGAGCUCCGGGAUCGCCUCAGAUCCCAGCUGGGAAUCACCGGAUGUGCUGGGAUCGCUUCCAACAAAUCCCUGGCCAAAAUGAUCUCGGGAGUUUUCAAACCCGAUCAACAAACGCUGCUGCUGCCCGAAAAUCACCGGGAAUUCUUAUCCAGCCUGGAUCACAUCCAGAAAAUUCCAGGGAUCGGCUCCAAAACCACCGAACGUUUGGAAAAACUGGGAGUUAGAAAAAUCCAAGAUCUCCAAGAAUUCCCAGUUUUUUUGUUGGAAAAAGAAUUUGGAAUUUCAGCAGCUCAACGAAUCCACGAAUUAAGCCUUGGACAAGAAAACUCCCAAAUUAUUCCUUGGAAACCUCCCCAGUCUUUCAGUGAUGAAGAUUCCUUCCCCAAGAUUUCCACAGAAGAGGAAGUGAGGGAGAAAAUCCGGGAGUUGCUUCCCAAGCUUUUGGAAAGGAUUUCCCAGGAUGGGAGGAAACCUCAGACGCUCAGGUUGGGAAUCCGAAAAUUCCCCGGGAAAAAUUCCAGGCGGGAAUUCCGGCAGUGCCCGAUCCCCAAACAUCUCAUCCCCAAAUUUGGGCAAGAAAAUGAGGAACUGCUCCCGAUUUUGGAGGAAAUCUUGAUGAAACUUUUCCGGAAAAUGAUCGGGGGAAAAUUCCAGCUGACGCUGCUGAGCCUGGGAUUUUCCAAGCUCCAGGAAUUCCCAGGGAAUCUCGGGAAAGGAUCCAUCAAAUUCUACCUGAAACGGGAAUCUCAGAACAAAGAAAUGGACACACCCAGAGCUCCGAAAAUCCAGAAAAUUCCAGAAAACUCCGAUAAAAAACCAGGGAUUUUGGAUUUUCCACGGAAUUUUCCUGCGAAAAAAGAAGAAAAAGUCCCGCCAGAUGUGGAUCCCGAAGUUUUUUCCGAGCUGCCUCCAGAAAUUCAGGAAGAACUCUGGACUCAGUGGAGGAAUCGGGAUUGGGAAAGGAGAAAUUCCUUGGAAAAAUCCUCUGGAAAAGCCCCAAAUCUGGGAAUGCGUUCCCAAUGUGAUUUGUUGAGAUACUGGAAAUCCCAAGGGAAUUUUUCGGGAUAAAUUCAGCAAUUCCGUGGAAAUUUCUUUUAAAAACUCCCCCCAAAAAUUCCUUUAAAAAAUUGCAAAAAUCUCCCCAAAAUCCAUAAAAAGGAAAAAAAAAAAAUCCGUUUAAAAGCACAAAACAUUCAAUUAAAAAAUUCUGUUACCCCCACCAAAUUCCUUCAAAAAAACCCCCCAAAAACUCUGUAAAACACCCCCCAAAAAUUCCAGUAAAAACCCAAAGAUUCCUUUAAACAACUCCCUAAAAAUGUCAAAAAAUCUAUUAAGAAACCAAAGAAUUCCUUUAAAAAAACCCCAAAAUUCCAUUAGAAACCAAAAAAAUUCCGUUGAAAAAGCCCCCAAAAAUCCAAAAUAAUCUAUUAAACACAACACUCCAUUAAAAAAAACCCACCAAAAUUCCAUUAGACCAAGAAAAAUUCUUUAAAAAAAACCCAAAAAAAUCCAUUUAAAAUAGAAAACAUUCCAUUAAAAGCCCCCCAAAAAUUCCUUUUAGAAGAUCUUUAAAAAUUCCAUUCAAUACCCUCCAAAAUCGUCCCAAAAAUUCAUUCAGAACCCCAAAUACUCCAUGACAAAACUCCAGAAAUUCCAUUAUAGAUUGCAAAAAAUUCCCCCCCAAAAAGAAAAUAUUUAAAAAAAAGUUUAAAAUGCCCUCAAAAGUUUCUUUGAAAGUAAAAAAAAAUCCCCCAAAUUUUUUCCAUGACAGAUCCAUAAAAACUCCCAAAAGAACCCACCCCAAAAUUAAGAGCACCCUCAAAAUUCCAUUCAAAACUGAAAAAAAUCCCAAAAAGUCCUUUAAAAGAACUCCAAAAAAUUCUGGAGAAAACCCCAUUACAAAUCCCAAAUUUCCCCCCAAAAUUCCAUGAUAAAUCCCUAAAAAUUCCCCCAAAAUUCGAUAGAGUUCCAUUUAGAGUCUUCCAAAAUGUGUAAAAAUUCCAUAAACCCCCCCCCCAAGAUUGCCCCCAAAAUUCCCUGAAGAUUACUUCAAAAAAAUCACAAGAAUUCCCCCAAAUAUUCUAUCAAUCGUCUCUAAGAAUUCCAAAAAAACCCGGAAAACCUCUCAAAUAAAAUUCCAUAAAAUCCCCUAAAAUUUCCCCCCAAAUCCCCAGAAAUUCCAUAAAAUUCCAUUAAAAAAUUAUUUAAAAAUUCUCUAAAAAUUCCAUUAAAUCCACCCCCCCCAAAUCCUUUAAAAAUUCCAUCCCAAAUGAUCCAAAAAUUCCUAAAAGGCAUUUUCCCAAAUCACAAAACAAGGAAUUUUUGAGUCCAGAAAAAAAAAAAAAAAAAAAAAAAAUUGGCAUUUUUCCAUCUUGGCAGUCACAGCAAAGGUCACAAGGAAGAAGGAAGUUCCCGGGUUUUCUGGAGAAAUUGGGAAACCCAAAUUUUAAUGGAUCAAUAAAGGUUUUUUUCGAUGUUUCCUGA